AUGUCUGAAAUGCUACCAAGUUUGGUAGCACAAACUGUAGAAGCACUCCGUCAAUCUGACGAGGCUCAAGACCCAAACCUUGUGAACCAACCAUCAGAGACUCAAGGUCAAAGAACCAACACUGGUAGUAAUUCCCAAGAGAUUCAUCUAUGGCUUGAACGAUUUCACAAACAGAAACCUCGAGUUUUUAUUUCGGCAGCUACUCCAGUCGAUGCCGAAGAUUGGAUCAUACAUUUGGAAAAGAUAUUUCGAGUUUUGGGUUGCCCAGAUCAUAUCUGUGUUGAAUUGGCAAUAUAUAAAUUGGAAGCAAUAUUUCUCCAAUCUGACAAAGAUGCGUAUGGUCGAGAAUAUGCUAUUAUUCGUCAACGAGAUGAUGAGUCUAUCACCGACUAUAUGGCCAGAUUUCUACGUAUUGUGGGUACUGCAUCACAUCAAACUGAAAAAUUCAAAUGGUCACUUAAUGGAAAGUACAGAUCAAAGUUGAUCAAUCAAAAUUUUACUACAGUUGCUCAGGUUGCUGAUGCCGCACGAAAUAUAGAAAGGGAACGACUCGACACCAUUCAGUUCAAGGGUGAUAAAGAUAAAAAGCGAAAGCAUGACGGGUCAUCGGGAAGUUUCAACAAGUUUAAGUCAGGCAAUUCAGAUAAAAGGAGAUUUGGUGGUAGSAAAUUUUYRGGGUCAUCUCAGAGUAUUACAAGUUCAAAUCCUUCAGUCAUGACUCCUCCAACUGUUUGCAAAGAAUGUAAUCUACCACACCGACCGGGUCCGUGCCUUCAGAUGACUGGUUCAUGUUUUAAUUGUGAUCAGCGAGGUCAUCUGGCUAGAAAUUGUAAAGUGGGUCAAGCGGCUAAAGCUUCAGGGACAAGUCAGUCUAAAGACAAGGGAAAACAAUCCACCGCCGGAGGUCGAGUAUUCACAUUAUCAGCAGACAAACCCACUACUGGUAUGGUCUCUGGUCAUCUCCUUAUUGAUGAUAUGAGUAUAUAUGUUUUAUUCAAUACAGGGGCAACUCAUUCUAUAGUUGCAGAACAUCUUGAAAGUAAUCUUAGACAGUAUGAACAGUCACUUGAGUUUCCCUUGCUUAUCUCUACCCCUAUGGGGAGCUCUAUCUGUAUUGUUGCACAAUACAAAGACUGUCCUUUAUUUAUUGCAAAUCGAAUUCGAAAAAUCACCCUUCUUCCGAUGAAGAUGAACCAUUUUGAUAUAAUUGUUGGUAUGGAUUGGUUAUCCGAACAUCAAGCUGUGAUUGACUGCGAUUCAAAGCAAGUGAUAUUUGGUGAUAAAGUCAAUCCAAAAUCUGUAUUCCAGGGUGUCUCGCCUAAACCGGGAACCCGAGUUAUAUCGGUUGUCCAAGCUAAAGCUUUGAUUUGGCAAAGUUAUGAAGGCUUCUUAGCUGCACUUCAAGAUCCGGGUGAGAUACAACUUAAACCUGAAGAUAUUCAUAUUGUUAAUGAGUUCCUAGAUGUUUUUCUAGAUGAACUUCCCGGUGUUGCCUCGGAACGCGAAGUUCAAUUUUCUAUUGACUUAAUUGCAGGAGCUGCACCAAUUUCAAAGGCUCCAUAUCAUAUAGCUCCUUCAAAAAUGAAAGAGCUUAAAGUGCAAAUUGAAGAUCUAUUGAGCAAAGGUUUUAUCCGUCCCAGUGUAUCUCCAUGGGGUGCACCUGUUCUCUUUGUUAAGAAGAAAGACGGUUCCAUGAGACUCUGUAUUGAUUACAGGGAGCUGAACCGCGUUACCAUUCGAAAUAAAUAUCCCUUACCUCGUAUUAACGACCUAUUUGAUCAGUUACAAGGUGCUCGUUAUUUUUCUAAGAUCGAUUUAAGGUCGGGAUAUCAUCAGUUACGAACUCGAGAACAAGAUAUCCCAAAGACUGCUUUUCAUACCCGUUACGGUCACUUUGAAUUUGUUGUCAUGCCGUUUGGAUUAACAAACGCUCCUGCAGUCUUCAUGGACCUAAUGAAUCGUAUCUUCAAGGAUUACCUCGAUGAGUUCAUUAUUGUUUUUAUUGAUGACAUCCUGGUAUAUUCUAAAAACAAAAGAGGAUCACGAAAACCAUUUGCCGAUAGCCUUGAGAACUCUUCGAGACAAAAGCUUAUACGCAAAAUUCUCUAA